AAGCCAAUUAUCUCACCGAACAGAAGGAGGAACCUUCGUUCGCGCUCGCGGCGGCGGCGUCGCGCGCAGCGCGCUCGAUCGAUCGCCUAUAAAAGCACCACCAGGUCGAGCACUCAGACGCCUCCAUGGCUCGCAGCCUUCGCCUCAAGUCCUGAGCUGUGCGCGCUUCAUCCAUUCUAGGUACUAGCUCGAAGCUACAUCACUGAUCGUAGGCUCGUAGCAGUCACACGCUCGAGAGAGAUUGCUAAGCUGCAGAGCUGCGGAUUUAAUUUGUGGCGAGAGUGACGAGGGGGAAGGGAGCUGGAGGAGGAGUCGUGCGCGGUGGCGGCUGACCGGCCCGGCACCGACAUGCGCGGAGCGUCACAGUGGCACUCCUCCCACCGCAGCCAGCGCGCCCCGUCCGACUACGACGCCGCCGCCCUCCGCCCCGCCGCCGGCAACAAGCUGCCCUGGCCGUCGCCGCGGCGCCCGGCCAACCAUGCGCUCUUCCUUUCCGGCCUCUCCUUCCUCUUCCGCUUCGUCGCACCUCUCUUACCUGAUCCCUGCUAGGCCGCCGCCGCCUCCUCCUCCCCCCCUUGCCAUGGGACAGGGAUACUGUGCGGCCGGUGGCAUCACCGUGCCGGCAAGUGUGGCCGUGGACGCGGCGAGUGCCGCCGCCGUCGCGCCGAGGCAGGGCGCCCGGAACGCGGGCGCGGGGGGCCACCCGCCGCUGCCGCGCCCGCCGCCGCGGCAGUGCCCGCGCUGCCAGUCCGGCAACACCAAGUUCUGCUACUACAACAACUACAGCCGCGCGCAGCCGCGGUACCUCUGCAAGGCGUGCCGGCGCCACUGGACCGAGGGCGGCACGCUCCGCGACGUGCCCGUCGGCGGCGACCGCAAGAACAGGCGCGGCGGCAGUAAGGGGGGCCCCGCCUCCGCGAAAGCGUCUGCCUCCGCCGCGGCCGCGGCGACGAUGCAGGGCGGCGCCGCCGAUACGUUCCCGGACCUCCUGCGGCAGCUGGUCCACUUCCAGCCGGGCGCCGCGGCCGUGGGCGGGGGCGGCUACGCAAUCGACCUGAGCGCGUGGCAGCAAAUGGCCGCCGCCACGGCGCCGCCGCAGGGACCUGGCGAUGUCAGCGCACUCGGAGGAGCGGCGGCGGCGGCGGCGGCGGCGGCAGCGGAGGCCAACUGCGGCGCGUUGCAGUACUGGGGCGAAUGGCAGCAAGAUGACAUGCCCGGCCUGGACGGGGCUUGCUAAGUACUAUGCGUGCUACUCCAGUAGACUACUAGUAGUGCUUGUAUCAGUGAGCAUAUGUUACUGUUAGUACCUUGUACCUACAUAUAUACGUAUAUAUGUAUGCGUGUACUACAAACGUAAUACACACUACUUACGCUCAUCGGCAUGUUUUUUUCGCUAGUUUUUGUGCACGUAUUAUAUGUUCUUAGUUGAAACUACGUGCUUGCUAAUAUCGCUAGUUUUUGUGCACGUAAUAUUGCUAAUCAUUUUACUUGCAAGGUAGCUUUCACCGAGUUUUGGAUAAGUGCACAACUGUAACCUCAGCCUAAAAAGGCUGUAGCCUUAUUUUCAUGAAGUAUAUUUAAAAAUAUUUUCAUGGUCCUA